UCUCUCGCCAGUCAAGAUGGAGGACAGUGGAGUGGACAGAUUGUGUCCACAGACUACACAUAUUUCGUGUUUAUACCCAGAGAUCUUGGCACUCAUAUUCAGUUACUUGGAUGUAAAAGACAAGGGUCGAGUGGCACAAGUGUGUAUUAACUGGCGUGACGCGGCUUAUCAUAAAAGUGUGUGGAGAGGAGUAGAGGCGAAGCUCCACCUGCGUCGGGCCAACCCGUCUUUGUUCCCGUCGCUGGUGCGUCGAGGUGUUCGCCGCGUGCAGGUGUUGUCGCUGCGACGGUCGCUGAGGGAUGUCAUCAGCGGCGUGCCCAACCUUACCUCCCUCAACCUCUCCGGCUGCUACAACGUUACGGACAUCGGCCUCACGCACGCCUUCGUCACCGAGUCUCCGUCACUCACGCACCUCAACCUCUCGCUCUGUAAACAGAUCUCCGACUCCUCCUUGGGCAAGAUCGCUCAGCAGCUGAGGAACCUCGAAGUCCUGGAGCUCGGAGGCUGCUCGUACAUCACCAACACGGGCCUCCUGCUGGUGGCCUGGGGCUUGAAGAAGUUGCGGAGACUUAACCUCAGGUCAUGCUGUCUCGUGAGUAAUCAGGGCAUCGCCUACCUGGCGGGGCAGCACCAGGAGGCCGCGGACGGCACCACGGCCCUCGAGUACCUGGGCCUCCAGGACUGCCAGAAACUGUCCGAUGAGGCCCUCAGACACGUGGCCAACGGCCUCCCUAACCUCAAGAGCAUCAACCUCUCGUUCUGUGCCAGCAUCACAGACUCAGGACUCAAAUACCUUGCGCGAAUGCCCAGCCUCCGUGAGCUCAAUCUGAGAUCAUGUGAUAACAUCUCCGACAUCGGCAUCGCGUACCUGGCGGAGGGCGGCUCGAGGAUCACCGCCCUCGACGUGUCCUUCUGCGACAAGAUCGGCGACCAGGCCCUCGUGCACAUUUCGCAGGGCCUCUUCACGCUGCGCUCGCUCUCGUGCUCGGCGUGUCAGAUCAGCGACGACGGCAUCCACCGGAUCGCGCGGACGUUGCACGAGCUCGACACGCUCAACAUCGGCCAGUGCGUUCGGGUGACCGACAAGGGCUUGCAACUGAUAGCCGAACACCUCACCAACCUCUACUGUAUCGACCUCUAUGGUUGCAACCGCAUCACCACGGUAGGCCUCGAGAGAAUCAUGCAAUUGCCUCGCCUCUCUGUCCUGAACCUGGGCCUCUGGCACAAGCAUAGGCGGUGACGCAAGCCCAACCUAGGUCAAGCUAACCAAUCUACCCGCCGCCUCCUCAGCCCUACGAGGCACUCAAGGUCGCCCUACUGCCACCCCUGAUGGCACCGGAAGGGCGAGCGGUCGAGUGGCGCGCGGCGGGCCCUCAUCACUUCUACGGCUGUGCUAAAUAAGAUAGAUUAGAAUUCACUGGUUCUUCAACACUACGUUCCGCCCCGCCUCGACGUGGAAGUCCGGGGAAGCCAAAAAACGGAAAAAAGUGCUAAGUGCAGUGAAAUGAAACAUCGAACAUUCAGAAAAAGGCAGUGUUUUAGUGAAACAUCAUGAAAAUGUUCCCUCAGCUCCCUCCCUGUCAUUCACCCCCCCCCCCUUUAAACCGCCAUGCUGUGCCAUGUGAUUCAUCUUCGGAAAACAAAACAAAACAAUUCUCUCCGUAAAUUUUUCUGUUUUAAGAAGAAUUUAUAUAUCCACAUAUUUAUAUAUAUUUACUUAUUGGAUAGAUACAACGAAAAUGGCAUUACACGAACUGUCUAAGUGUCCAUCUCGCCUUGAAGGUAAUCUUCAAGGUGAUUUGUAAAAAAAAAAAUCCGCGGGAAUCCUUGGAAUUGGCACCGGAUCAGUGCCAAUUAACCCCUCCCCCUUCUCCAUCCCAAGUGUCAAAAAAUCGGGACUCUUGGUAGCAAGUGAGUGAGCAAUGCCAUUGGAUUCUCAGACUUCACUGACAAUAUGUAUAUAAAUGUAGUUCCGUGAUAAUCUAUGUGAUAUGUGUGUGUCUGUGAGAGUGAGAAAACGACCAAGGCUGGGGCUUCACCUGGUUAAUGAAGCCUGCGUGUGGAAGCGAAGUGUGCAUGGUUGUAAGUAUUGUAUGUAUCGUGAUGCAAUAUUGUCGCUUCUUAUGUAAAUAUAGAUUUUAAAGAACUCCCGAGCGAGAGGUUUAAACGCCUUAUCCCUCCUCCUCCCCUUCUUCCCCACCCCCCCUCCCUCACACCUUCACACGGCAUGAGGAAGAGAGAGAAAAAGUUUUUAGGUACCUGGAAUAUGUGAAACCUGAUGUCAGAACUUAGAUGUCCAAAUAAAGUGGAUUUCCAAAGCAAAUGAGAAUGCAAGUGUCAUGACUAUAACAUUUUUUCUUUAUUAUUUUAAAGUUAGUGCCAUUCAAGGGGUCAAAGCCAUGUUAUGUGGGACAGAGCUUUAAGGUUAGGGAAAAAGGGAGAGUUACGCUAAACUAUUCGACAAAAAAUCCGUAAAGUAAACUUUAAAGAAGAGUAAAAACGUAUUGCAAUUUGUGAUGGUCGCGUUACAUCCAAAUUUUACUCCAGACUGAUAUGUUAUCUUGCAGUUACCUCCCCCCUCACCCGCUCUCUCCCCAUAUGCAUCGGUCAGUAUUUUCUAAACAUUUCACUUACAUCAGGGUUGUGUUGUAAACCCAUUUUAAGGGUUGGCGUGUGGCCCCUAAACCCUGUCGACAAUCCUGAUUUCCUUUGGUGUUCUGUGUCCACUUCUGAGAUUACAUAGUGUAUUUUUUCUCCAAUUAUAUUUUUGUGCAUUUUAAGUUAUAAUAUAUAUUUUUCUUUGGUAUGUUCCCCCCUUGCUAAAGCUGUCAAAGCUAUGGGUAUAAGCAAUGUUUGUUUUUAGCUGCACAGGAGUUUUGCAUAAGAUUCUGAGACUGCUGACUGGCCACAGUCCAUGACUCAGUCCAUCAGAAUGCUUACUUGAACUUAAUCUUGAAGUCAAGCGCUCAGGAGAACGGCAAACACGACUUAUGCAGUGAUGGUUUACUUGUACUCCCAAUCAUAAUUACUGAAAUGUUUUAUAUUCAUUGAAUGUCCCUCACUGGAGAAGAAAACAGUCGGACCACACUCGCGCAGUAAAGGUUGUGUUUCACCUUGAUUAACUGUAAAAAAGGCAUGUUUGUUUAAUAGGUUCUUUACAACUUUUGAUUGGCUGUGCAUAUUUUUGCCUAGUCAGAAGCUAGGAAAUGUUUGUAAAAAAUAACAAACAUGCCUUUAACAUCUUGUCCUAUGUCGUUCACGAGAGAGGAUUAAUUAUCAGAUGUCAAGUGUGUUCAAUUAUUUUUAUUUCUGUCGUAUCAGAGUUGUCGGUAUUAGAAUCUUUGAAAUGUCUAGGCAAUAUGAUUUCAUGCUAAGAAGAUUUUCUGCCAUUAUUUUGAUUAAUAACUUGAAUGUCAUGAAAGACUUACAGUUUUUUCUGGGCCAGUAUAGAUGUACUUCAGCUGGUGCUUACUCAGUACUUAAAUAUAUCAUGAAUCUUGUAAUAGUUUACUUGUUAUGCAAUGACAGUGUCACCUGCUCUGAAAUACAGUAUAACUCUGGACUUGACAUUGUUUUUCUUUUGCAUUACGCUGCCGCUGUCAAGUCGUGCGAUCCCAUUCGGGGAUUACAUAAAUCUCCCCCAAACAAGUAAUCAGACUUUGUGCAAUUUUUCUUCCACCCACACUGGCAGUGGCGAAUCGCCUCCGUCAGUGGUGGGCGUUUGCGCACACCUGCGACACACCUGCAUCCGCGCCCACACCUGCCGUAACCCUCUCGCUCGAGGUUCUCACCACUGUCGGUGUCCCUGAGUUGGGAGGGGGAGGGGGAGGGGGAGACGUAUG